AUGGGACCUGGGGUUGACACGAAUGUGGGAUCUAGGGUUGACACGAAUGUGGGACCUGGGGUUGACACGAAUGUAGGAUCUAGGGUUGACACGAAUGUGGGACCUGGGGUUGACACGAAUGUGGGACCUAUGGUUGACACGAAUGUGGGACCUGGGGUUGACAAGAAUGUGGGACCUGGGGUUGACACGAAUGUGGGAUCUAGGGUUGACACGGAUGUGGGAUCUAGGGUUGACACGAAUGUGGGUCCUGGGGUUGACACGAAUGUGGGACCUGGGGUUGACACGCAUGUGGGAUCUAGGAUUGACACGAAUAUAGGACCUGGGGUUGACAUGAAUGUGGGAUCUAGGGUUGACACGAAUGUGGGACCUGUGGUUGACACGAAUAUGAGGCUUAGGGUUGACACGAAUGUGGGACCUGGGCUUGAUACGAAUGUGGGAUCUAGGUUUGAUACGAAUGUGGGACCUGGGGUUGACACGAAUGUGGGAUCUAAAGGUCGACACGAAUGUGGGAUCUAG